CAUAGCCCAAAGGAACAACCUCCUCUUCUCUGGUCAAAAAAUGGCCUCUUACACCAUCCCUCUAUACCUGAUUCUGUUCAUCAUCCAUGGCAACCCUUCCAUGGGAGCUCAGAUCAGCGAAAGAAGCAUUCCUCAAGGUUCUCAGAUCAAUGCAGCGGGUACGCAGAGCUGGGUCUCCCCAUCGGGGCGCUUUGCGUUUGGCUUCUAUCCUGAAGGUGAGGGCUUCUCCAUUGGGGUGUGGCUUGCCACUGGCGCAACCAGGACCAUCGUGUGGACUGCCUUUAGAGAUGAUCCUCCUGUUUCCGGUGGUUCAAUUCUGUUAACAGCCGGUGGUUCGCUUCAAUGGAUUCCUGCUAACCAAGGCAGCCAAUGGAAACUGAUUUCUGCCACCCCUACUUCAGCUACCUCUGCUGCUAUAUUGGACACCGGCAACUUUGUGUUGUAUGAUGCCAAAAGGCAGGUAUUAUGGUCUAACUUUGGUUCUCCGACGGACACUCUAUUACCAGGGCAGAACUUACCUCCUGGUAAUCAGCUGUUCUCAAGCGUCUCCAACAACAAACAUGCCACAGGAAAGUAUCGCCUUGCCAACCAGGAUGAUGGCAACCUUGUCAUGUAUCCAAUUGGCACGAGAGACCCUGGUAGCGCAUACUGGGCGAGUGAUACUUCUGAUCGAGGCCUCCUUCUCACUCUUUCACUACACCCAAAUGGUACCGUAUGGUUGUUUGACAGAAACAGUUCAUACACAAAAGUGCUAUUCCUGGCGAAUCAGUCACUGAGUGCCUCCACAAAUUCAGAGAGCUACUACCAUCUGACAUUGGAUGCUGACGGCUUGUUGCGACUCUAUUUGCAUGUGUUCUUCAAGCAAGGGAAGGAGCCCCUAACAAAGAUUGAAUGGUUGGUGCCAUCCAGCACCAAUCGCUGCGGAGUGAAAGGUGUUUGUGGUCCAAAUAGCUUCUGCCAAAUCACUGCUAGUGGAGAAACCAGCUGCUCCUGCCUUCCGGGGUUUGAAUUCUCAAGUGCUAACCAAACCACUCAAGGUUGUUGGAGGGUACAGACUGGCAGUUGCACAGGGAAUAGAUCUAGUGGUGACAUCAGACCGAUAGCCACGAUGGUCAUGGUGAAGAACACUAGCUGGUCAGAUUUGUCAUACAACAUCCCACCCCAAACAACAACCAUUGAAGAGUGCAAAUCAAUUUGUCUUUCUGACUGUGCCUGUGAGAUCGCCAUGUUUGACACCUACUGUUCAAAACAGAUGCUUCCUAUGAGGUAUGGCAGGAUGGUUCAGGGUAGCAACACCAUGCUAUUUGUGAAGGUGUACUCCUAUGAACCAAAAGGCCCUAUAAGGAAGACUAGAAGUUCUGUCUCAGUUUCCAUGUUGAUAUCAGGUUCUGUAUUGGCCAUCUUCUCGAUUGUUGUGCUAACAGUAUCUGUAGUGCUCUGUAAGCGCCACCAAUUAUUAAGGUACACAAGGGCUCCACAGCAUCAAGACACUGAAUUUGAUGAGGAGAGCAUUGGCAUCCGAUCGUACUCUUUCCAUGAUCUAGAGCUGUCAACUGAUGGCUUUGCCCAAGAGCUAGGAAGGGGUGCAUAUGGCACAGUGUUCAGAGGUGUACUAGCAAACAGUGGAAACAAGGUCAUUGCAGUGAAGAGGCUUGAGAGGAUGGCAGAAAACAGGGAGCGAGAAUUCCAACGGGAAGUACGUGCAAUUGCACGAACACACCACAGGAACCUGGUGUGUUUGCUCGGUAUCUGCAACGAAAGCACAUACCGCCUUCUUGUCUAUGAGUACAUGCCAAAUGGCUCCCUCACCAACCUCCUCUUCAAGCCCGACACACCAUUACCAAGCUGGAGCAAGAGGGUUGCAAUUGCGCUGGAUGUGGCUAGGGGCUUACAAUACCUCCAUGAGGAGAUAGAUGUCCCUAUAAUCCACUGUGAUAUUAAGCCAGAGAACAUACUCAUUGACAGCUCAGGGAUGGCAAAGAUUGCAGAUUUUGGCCUGGCAAAGCUACUGGUAGGAAACCAAACAAAGACCUUCACCGGCAUCCGGGGCACACGUGGAUAUCUUGCACCAGAGUGGAGCAAGAACAAUGCAAUCACUGUGAAGGUAGAUGUCUAUAGCUUUGGCGUGAUGCUUCUUGAGAUCAUAAGUUGCAAGAAAAGCAUGCAGUUUAAGAUGGCCGGGGAGGAGUGCAACAUCUCUGAGUGGGCAUACGAGUGUGUGGUUUCUGGUGGACUGAAAGAAGUGGCCGCUGGUGAAGAUGUAGAUGAGAUUGAGCUAGAGCGAAUGGUGAAGAUCGGCAUUUGGUGCACUCAAAACGAGCCGGUGACACGACCUUCAAUGAAGAAUGUUGUUCUGAUGAUGGAAGGAAGUGUGCAAGUUCGUCAUCCUCCACCACCGGCGUCAUAUUCACAGUCACUAUUACACACUGGAAGCAGAGGAGAAAUCUGA